GCGUUUCCGUCGCCAUCAGUUGGUUGGUGUUUUGCUUCAACAGUGAUUGAACGAGCACCUCCACAUUUUUCUCUCCGUAAAAUAUACUUUUUCUUUUCUCAAUUUUCUCUGAAUUACGUAGAAAGAGGUCUGUAAAAAAUGGCAGAAAGUCAAGUACGUCAAAAUUUCGACAAGGAAUGCGAAAAAGGCAUCAAUAAGCAGAUAAAUAUGGAAUUAUACGCAAGUUACGUAUACCUAUCAAUAGCUUACUACUUUGACAGAGAUGAUGUGGCUUUACCUGGAUGCUAUAAAUUCUUCAAAAAAUGUAGUGAUGAAGAGAGAGAACAUGCUGAAAAGUUCAUGAAAUACUUAAACAAGCGUGGUGGUCGUAUUAUUCUUCAAGACAUUCAGAAACCUGUUGCUGACGAAUGGGGAACUGCUUUAGAUGCUAUGAAUGUUGCUUUGGAAUUGGAAAAAACUGUCAAUCAGGCUCUUCUCGAUCUGCACAAAAUUUCCACCAGAUGCAAUGAUCCACAAAUGUGUGACUUCUUGGAAACAGAAUAUCUUCAGGAACAGGUUGAUGCUAUUAAGCAGCUUGGUGAUUACGUCACCAAUCUCAAGCGAGUGGGCAAAGGUCUUGGAGAAUAUAUGUUUGACAAGGAAACUCUGGACAGCUAAGAUUGUUCAGGGCUGGAAACUAUACUGGAAAGCUACUUUGUUAACAGUGUAGUAACUCUCAAAUUAGUCUUUUGUAUUGGUUUCCUAUAGCUAAUCUGUACUUAAUGUGCAAUUCAUUGAAAUAAAAUCAGAACAGUGAAAUAAAGG